CUGCUCCGAACCAAAGUGAUGAUAAAUUUAGUGAAAAUGUCAGAAUCUGCAGCUUGUGGUUCCAGAUUGAAAGGAACAGAAACCUGGUGGGUCAGCUGCUGCUUGACGAGCGGUCAGAUGUUUUCUGGAAACGGACCAGCAGGUCAGUCUGAAGGACGGAGCGGCGCUGAUGGAGCCAGAAGAAAACAUUUACGUCAACCUGGAGGACCUGGACGGAUCCAAACAGCAGCGACCCGAACGCACCGGAGGCAAACUGGAGGAAACCACCUCAGAAAGGGGAACCAGAACCAGAACCAGAACCAGAACCAGAACCAGAACCAGAACCAGGUCGUGUUUUAAAGUGGCCACGCUUUUUCUGGGCCUGCUGAGUUUCCUCCUGCUGACGUCGGUGGUGGCGGUCGGCUUCCUGUACCAGAGAGAUUUCAGCCAGCUGACCAGACAGCUGGCCAAUCAGACAGCAGAGAGAAGCCAGCUGCUGCUGAUGCAGCAGAACCUGACCAAUCAGAGGGAUCGGCUGGACGCGCGUCUGAAGGCAGCAGAACUUGAUCUGGACCGGACGAGGAGCGGUUCUGUGUUUUGCCCUGCAGGAUGGAGGCGGUUCGGCUGCAGUUGUUACCUUCUGUCUUCGUCCAUGAGCGGCUGGGAGAGCAGCAGAGCUCAGUGUUUACUGACCGGAUCCGAUCUGGUGAUCAUCAACAGCCAGGAGGAAAUGGAGUUCCUGGAUCAACUCGGAUCCCAGCUGAGGUUUUGGAUCGGGUUGAAGGAAGAGAGCCGAGGAUCCGGAUGGAAGUGGACCGAUGGAAGUUCUCCAGGAGUCACGUUCUGGACCCGGCAGACAUCUUGGCACCGGCCCAUCAGAACCCAGAGCUGUGCAGCUUUUAACGGUUUGUCUGUGAGAGGCGGCCGGUCGUGGACCAAAGAGUGGUGCCUUCAGCUGCUGCAGUGGGUCUGUGAGAAGAAGGCGUCCACUUCCUGA